AGAGAGAGAGAGAGAGAGAGAGAGAGAGAGAGAGAGAGAGAGAUUAGUUACAUGCUUUACACACACUUGCCUUCCCGUGUCGUCGGUUAGUUGAGCACAUGGUCUUGAAUGUUUGCCCACUGGGAUAAAGGACCCCUGCUACACAGAUCGCGCGUGCGUAGUCUCAAAUCAGGUGAACGAUCUCAGAGAGCCAAGGAGCGAGAAACACAGAGCUCAAACUCACGCUGAAGGCUGUUCAAACUGCUGUCAGAAUGUGCUGAGACCUCAGGAGAAUCAGGUGGGAUAUAACCUUUAAAAACCAGUUGCCUUUUGGACAUCAGUGCCUUCAUCAUGUCACUGUUCACGCAUGUUUUGGCGUGCCUUUUUGGCAUCGGAUCAUGGGUGGCCAUUAACGGGAUGUGGGUGGAGCUACCUCUGAUUGUCCCUGCCAUUCCUGAGGGUUGGCACCUGCCCUCCUAUCUCACAAUAAUUAUCCAGAUGGCCAACAUUGGCCCUCUCUUCAUCACACUCAUGCACCGCUUCAGACCGGGUGUGCUGGACGAGCGGCCCGUUAUCUACACGAUUGUGACGGUCGGUGUGGUGGCCACUUUACUCCUGGCUUUCCUCUGGAAGCGCACGCUUACUUUUGGAGAUGGCGAACAUAGUGCUGCCUUACUGUCCCUCAGCUUCCUACUGUCCGUUGUGGACUGCACCUCAUCCGUCACCUUUUUACCCUUCAUGAUGCGUCUACGGCCUCAGUACCUCACCACCUACUUCAUUGGAGAAGGUCUAAGUGGUCUGGUCCCAGCGUUGGUGGCUCUUAUCCAAGGUGUAGGGGUCGUCCACUGUAAAAAUGCAAGUACUAAUGCAAAUUUUAGCGUGGAGAACUCAUCCUGGGGCUCCGAUGGAGAACUACAGGCACACUACCAGCCGGCCAACUUCUCCGCUCAGGUUUUCUUCCUUUUCCUGAGUGCGAUGAUGAUGGUGUGCCUAGGCGCUUUCCUGUUACUCAAUCUCCACCCAGCUGUGGAACGGGAACACAAGAGCAAAGGUUAUACUGAUGAUUCUCAGCGGGUGGAGAAGAUUGAUUUAAGUCAAUCCCCGCACAGUGAAACUCCAGAGCAGACACCCAUGCUGGAUUUCCCAGAAGGCCCAGUGAUAAAGCGCCUCAGCUCGUUUGGAAAAGGAACCUACAGUAGAGCAGAGCUGGUAUUCAUUUUUGUAGUUCUGGCCUGGGUCAAUGCAUUGACCAAUGCAGUCCUGCCCUCAGUCCAGUCUUACUCAUGUUUGCCUUAUGGAAAUCAAGCCUAUCAUCUUGCAGCCACUUUGUCCUCAGUUGCGAAUCCAGUGGCAUGCUUCAUUGCCUUGUUUGUACCAAUCAGGUCUCUGGUGCUGAUGGCGGUUCUGACGGUGACGGGCACAGGGUUCGGAGCGUAUAUAAUGGCCAUGGCAGCACUAAGCCCUUGCCCUCUGCUGGUCGAUCAUGACCUCGGAGCAGCACUCAUUGUCAUAACCUGGGUCAUAUUUGUCCUCACGCUGUCCUAUGUGAAGGUGAUUAUUGGAGUGAUACUGCGAGAUGAAGGCCACAGUGCCCUCGUGUGGUGUGGAGCUGUGGUGCAGCUGGGCUCUAUGUUAGGUGCCCUGUCAAUGUUCCCUUUGGUUAGUGUUUAUGGACUUUUCCAGUCAGGAGAUCCCUGUAAUACCAAGUGUCCUCAAUAAAAGCAAGCAUUAUUCUGAUGGA